GUAAGUGCGUAUUUAAAAGGCUCACCGGGUCCCAGCAGAUCGUCGAUGCUAUCCGGGCCGACCGCCCUGGUUUCCCUCACAACAGAUGCAUCAAAGUCGGACGUGAAUUGAUCCUUGGACGGAAGACCAACAGCCAGGGCCGUGAGAACAAAGAACAUAACGCACACUUCCCUCCUACACAUGUUUACGUCUUCGAUAAAACACCACCUAGGCCCGGGGAUUUAUUGGCGGUCCACACAGCUCGAAUGAUAUAUUUUAAGUGCUCUUAAAAUAUCCCGAUUUGUUAACACUUACAAAUGGGUCUCCGGCUUUGUUGUUUACUGCAGCAAAUUUCGUCUGAGCCACUUAAAUAUAGUUGUGGAUGGAUGGGUUGUGGUUAAAAAUUAUAUAAGAUUACCCACCGGCGGCAUAACCGGUGUCCUACAUGCUCAUUGACUUGUACAACAAUCCGACUGACUUUUCAGCCCACCCAGUAUAUCAUUAAAUCACAUCAACAUCACAUGUCAUGUCAAUCAUUUCAGAAAGUCGCAAAAUCUUCAGUUUCCAUAAAACAUUCUAUAGGCAUUAUGCGUUUUUCAAGAAGAAAAAGUUGGACAAGGAGUCCCAUUACGUCUAUUUACGUGCCACCAAAGCAGACCACGAACCCAUCCUGGAGCUCAUGAAGAAAGCUUACUUCAGCGAGGAGCCCACCUACAGUGCGUUAAAGAUAGAAAACCCUACCAUACCCUUAGAGAACGCCUCCAGGUCUUUGCAAGAAGGCUUAACAUUCGUAGCUAAGUGCAAAUAUGACGGUUGCAUCGUGGGCACCUCCAUUAACUCAACCUGGUGUCCCGCUGACUUAGAUUUUAAGGAAAGGAUGGCUUGUUCCACUGACGACCGGAAGAUCCGGAGCCUUUUGUUGUUCUAUGCCCACCUGGGACGGGCCGUCGAUUUGUUUCAUUGCUACGGCGUCCAGAAAGUAUUCGAGGUCGAAUAUUUGUUCGUGUCACCUGAGCACAGGUUCAGGGGAAUAGCCAGCAAACUAAUGGAGUUAUCCAAGUUGUUUGCCAAAGAUUGUGGCCACAAAAUCGUAAAGGUUGAUGCCACCAGUGCAUUUACUGCUAAGAUUUGUGAAAGACUGAAAAUGAAGAAGAUUUACGAGAUACCUUACUGCGCAUAUUUAGGACAAGAUAUGAAACCUGUCUUCAUCACUUUGCCACCCCAUUCCCAAUGUGGGGUCUAUAUUGAUGAUAACACCGAAAUUUGUCAAAAACUGAAACUGAAAUAACGCCCAAUAAAAAAUGUCUAUAAAGUU